UACGGUGGGUUUGUCUGCACAAUUUUCGUAAACAACAACAAUCUGUGAAGAUUUCUGUCGUGUCGACGAGACCUGCUGAAGAAGAAAUUGUUCCGACUGCGCCCUGGAUAGUCAGAGUCUGAGUAUUGGAUUUGCUGGGACGAGAGACUUCCUGGAACAAAUUCUUUUACGAUUAAAAUGGAAUCACCGAUGGUGAUGUAGUGGCCGUUCCCAUUCCAGCUGGUGAUGUGGCCAUGCGGAUUAAUUACAUGUGCUUUGGUGGCUUUUCUACCCGCUGGAAAUUGAGCAGCACUAAUGUCAGGUUGCUGCACAGUUCCACUCUGAAUCCAGCAACUAGUAAAUGAAGUCAGUUUGUGUAAGAGCAGUUCAUCGUCAGGGCUGUCGUUGUUCAAGGCUCAACUUAGACAUUCUGCUGUGAAGUUCAUGUGAAUCCAUUGUAUCUCAACAAUAACCAUCUGAAUUGUUUAUUGACUUGGUGACUUGCGUGUCAUCUAGUCACUCCUCAACCGAUGUGCAACUGUCCUCAUUUCCAGAAUAAGCAGUAGGAGAGGCCACCAGAGUGAGGGGUUGGGUUGAAGAAGAAUCAUCUCAUCUUCCAAUUGCAAAGACAUUCCCAGCUUCCUAAAGUCUGUCUUAGAAUUCAAAGUUGUCUCAUUGGACAUUCCAGUCAGUAGAAGACGACAAGAUACAAACAUUAAGAGUACAUCCAGACAAGGUCUUGGUUAGAUCUUUUUUAGCUUGUGACAGAUCAUGGGCUUUCCAAGUGAACCGUAAUUUAAGGAAAGGAGAAGUUAAUGAGUUGGAACUGAAGCAAUCUUGACAAGCAGAAACAGUAAAUAUCCGAUAGCAGCUGGGACAAAUUUUUCACACCGUUAAGGAAAUUAUCAACAAGUUCAGCCAUCAGAAGAAGUUUUCAAUUUUUGAGUGAGACGCAUAAAUUUGCAUAAAUGCAUAGUAAGUACAGAUACGAUGACUCCCCCCCUCCUAUGAGCAGUGCAAGAACUCCAAUCAGUCGGAAGGAUAUUAUCACUUAUCAACCCGAACCCAGCAAACGGACGUUUUACCUCAGUAAGAAAACACGACAUGGGUUCAUGGUUUUUUCCAUUGCAGUACUGGCGUUUGCACUGCUCGCCUGGUACUAUGUCACCCAACAUGGACGCAUGUCUGUGGUGUCCAUCGGACCGAUGUACUUUGAUCCGAUCGGGUCGAAGCUCCAGCUUAGAGAUGCUGAAGACAAUAUCAUUUUCAAGGAUAAGUUAGGGAUAGGCUUGCCAUUUGGAGUGAAGCCAGUGGAUUGCAUGAGGGAAAACAAGGAUGUGAAUACCGUGUGUAUACACUGGAUGAACGUAACGCUGCAUGAUGAGACGCCGGUCGUGGAGAUGGUCAUCGAAUAUGUGUCCCAACCAAACGAUAUUAAGUGUGUCAAUAUAGAAUGGACUGCUCUGAGACUUGAUUUCAGUCCGCAGGAUUGUUUCAUACUGAAUGAUUCACACUGGUAUGGGGGAAGCGAGGUCUACUACCAACACUGGUUGGUGGAGAAUUUACGCAUUCCCAUGCAGCCGUACGUUUCAAGGGACAUCAGUGUGGAGAAGGACGCUUUUGGUUCGGUCCUGGAGCGGUACUGGUUAUCAUCCCGCGGUGUGGCAGUCGUCGUUGAUAAAGACACUCCUCUACAUGUGUCCAUCAACCAAGAACAGACGAAGAACGAGGUGUGUUUAAAAGGAGAGUAUACCAAUUCACCAUAUCGACAUCCCAAUAGGAAGUAUGCAUAUGCUCCUCUACACUACACCGUGUGCACUGGGCAGAAUGUUAAAAAAGUACAUGACUACGUCCUCCAGAAUUAUUUUAAGAAACCACCGUACGAGCCAGAUGAACGAAUGUUUAGAUAUCCAAUAUGGUCAACGUGGGCGAGAUACAAAGCGAACGUUAACCAGUCGGCUGUUCUAAAAUACGCUCAGGAGAUUCAGAAACAUGGAUUUCCAAACAGCCAGAUAGAAAUUGGUGAUAUGUACAUGUCUUUCCAUGGCGAGGCAGAUUUUGCGCGAGUGAAAUUCCCAAAUGCCACGCAGAUGAUCCGGGAGCUGCAUACCAUGGGAUUCCGUGUCACGGUGUGGUCCAAUCCCUUCGCUAAUAUCGACUCGCCGACAUUCCACGAAGGUGUGAAAAACAACUAUUGGAUGAACGGACCUGGCGAGCGUGUUCCCGCCUUAAUGAAAUGGUGGAACGGUGUUGCCGCCAUUUUGGAUGUCUCCAAUGAACAAGCGACUGAAUGGUUUAUCAACCGCUCGAGGGAGAUGCAACGUGAAUAUGGCAUCGACUCCUUCAAAUUUGACGGAGGGGAAGUCUCCUACGUCCCACGCUGCUACAAUGCGUCUGUUUCAUUCCAUGAUCCAAACCUGUACUGUACUAAGUUCGUUGAGAUUGUUGCAAAGAUCAAUCGGCAAGUUGAGGUCCGAUGUGCCCAUCAAACUCAACAUCAACCCAUUUUUGUACGAAUGAUGGACAAGGAUCCAACAUGGAAUUAUAACAAUGGGCUGUUAACAAUGAUCCCUACAGCCCUCUUAAUGGGUGUCUUAGGGUACCCCUUUAUUCUACCCUACAUGAUCGGUGAUAGCGGCUUCACAGACAAUGACUUCCAUAAUAUAAACAAACCUGAGAGAGAACUGUACAUCCGAUGGAUGGAGCUAACUGCUUACUUGCCUGCAAUGCAGUUUUCUAUAGCGCCCUGGCAGUACGAUGAAGAAGUUGUCAACAUCUCAAGAGAAAUGGUGAGAAUUCAUGAGGAAGUGUACAACAAGUUGGUGCGUCCUCUGUUGGCUGAUGCAAUAACAAAAGGCUACCCCAUCAUCAGACCCCUCUGGUGGAUCGCCCCUUCAGAUGAGACGGCUCUUUCCAUCGACUCAGAGUUCCUUAUUGGUGAUACGUUCCUCGUGGCACCAGUCUUGAAGAAACAUGCUUUAGAAAGAGACAUUUACCUACCGCAGGGAUUGUGGAAAGAAAGCUUAGACCAACAGAGAUUACUGAAAGGGCCGGUAUGGCUGAGGAACUAUACAGUAAGGCUUCAUCAAGUCGCUACCUUCACGAUCACUGAAUCUACUCCAUAAACUCACUACGCUCACAUCACCAAGGAGAUAAACAAGAACAAUUAAGAAGAGGGUACAGCAUUGAAUACUACUCACAGAAUCUACUUUUUGUGACUAAUAUUUGGAUUUAUAAAAAAACACAAAUAGUAAAAGUAUACAAGACACUUUGACUUAUAAAAACAAAUACUGGGUAAAAGCAAACAAACAUUAAAAAAGGCAGGGCCAGCCAUAAUUUCAAAAGAAAUUCAAGUCAAUUGGGAUGGUUAUUUAGGGUCUUUAGCUUCUCUUGAAGCAAAGCAGAACAAGAAACAAAGGUGAGCUGUUUCUUAGGUUUAUAAGAACAAGAAACAAAGGUGUGCUGUUUCUUAGGUUUAUAAGAGGGUUUUGUUUUAGCAACCCAGACCACAAACAACUUUCUGACAGAAAAAUCCACUGACUGAAAUAAUUUCAGAGGGCUAUGUCAAAACGAAUUGGUAACCAACAUUUUUUUAAACUAAAUAGUUAUCUUUAAAAUCAAUUUUCUCCACCUAUACAGCCUUUAUUUACUUCCAAGUUGAUAAUUUCCUGUUACUAAAACUUUAUAAACUUGUUGGAUUGGUAAGCUGCAACAUUUGACAGUUUCAAUUGAAUUCUGUAGACACUUAGGUAGUUUGUAAAAUCUGCAGAAACCUAGCCUAACCAAAUCACGGUUUUGGUUUUGUUGGGAAUGCUUAUUCGACGCGGCUGAAUCAAAAGUUAAACAAGCUUGUUCCAGGUGGCCAGAAGGGCCUCUUAGGAAGAACAGAGAACAAUUAUUUUAAAUAAAGUUUAUUGAUUUUAAAGCGAAUUAUAAAGCCACCACAUUGUUUUCACAAAAACCAUUUAUUUAUUGUAAUGUUUGAAGUCUUUGUAUAGUUUAUUGCAAUAUGUCUGCCAAAGAAAAUUUAUAUAAAAAAAUAUGAAGUUCAAGUUUUUCGCACUUUGUGAUUAAUAGUUUAAAAUCAAGAUGUCGUAACCAAAUUUAAUAAGUUUCCUUUUUUUCCAAAAUAAUUUUUGAAAGCUUUCAUCGAGGCUUACCGGUAUUAAAUGGUGCAGAUUUCACACAAUUUUAUCAAUUGUUUUAAUUUUACUUAUGUAAAUACUAAUGUAUUUUUUAUGUGCCUUUAUUCAGUCAUCAUAAAACCAACAAGUUUUCUCUUUCAAUAUAAAAAUGUUUUUCUAUGCACUUCUUUCUAAACUUGUUUUUUUUCUCAAGUGCAGAUUCAAGAGGAAGAAGAUUUGUUUUCCAUGUUUAAUAAUAUUUUAUAUCAUCUCUCCAGCUUUACUACAGAAAACAAAACUUCUCACGGGCUUUCAGUUUAUUACUAGUAUUUAUUGGAAUAAUAAGUGUACAUUUUUUGCAUAAUUUAAACAAUUUCAAACAGUGUUUUUUAUUUUCUUUCAUGAAAAUUAUAUAGUUGGUGAACUUAUUGUAUGUUGUUUUUCUUUAAUGUUUGAUAAAACGCAGUAUUGUCUGAUUAGAAAAAGUACAAAAUGUUGUCCUAGUUAAAUGAAGAGGCUUGUCAAAAAGUGUUCCAGUUUUAGGUUGAAGAACAAAAUAGUUUUCCAAUUUAAAGGCAGGUAUUCUUUUACAAUUAUCUUCAUUUGGUGUAUCCCAACAUGCAUAAAAUAACCUGUGAACAUUUUGGCUCAAUUGGUCAUCGAAGUUGCAAGAAAAUAAUGAAAGAAAAAACCACCAUAGUAUUGUUUUCAGAUUCCUAAAAUGAGAAAGCCUUUCUCACAUUCAGAUUUUGGGGUGAACAAUUUCUAAAACUUCAUUACCUCAAAGGGGGUCGUUUCUAACAAUGUUUUAUAAUAUCAACGGCUCUCCAGCGCUCUAUACCACAAUUUUUUAAUGAUCUUCAAAAAGUAUACCCUGUCUUUAAAUGUAGAACUGAAAAUAGUGUAAUUCCAACCUAUAUGGAGUGUAAAUUCAACAUAACAUAUGGUGUGUCUGGGCCUAGCAGAGUGUGGGUUCAAGUCCUUGUCUUGACACUUGUGUCCUUGAGCAAGACACUUAACCAAUAUUGCUUUGUCCUUUGGGAUGAGACGUCAAGUUGUUGGUUCCGUGUGUUAAAAAUAAUGCAAAGUCCAGUACACUUCUUAUAAUUAAGAGUAGGAGUUCGUCCUGGUGUUUUCUGGCACGUUUCGCUAAAGAUUGCACCACAGCACUUUGUAAAAAUGGGCACCAUCCAAUAUUUAUGAUCAAAUUAUUUUUCCACAUUUGUUAUUCCUGUCUGUUGGAAUUGGCAUAAAGGAAGUGUUCUGAUCAAAUUAUUAAGAAAUAAAGAUCAUAAAAAUCAAACACCAAUUUCACCACUCUUUUCAAUCCUCAAUGAUGAGUUGUUGCUUAUAUUAAGCAGAAGUUAUUCACAGGAUACUAGUUUUUGUAUAUCAUAUAUUAAUUUUUGGUUUUUACCUAUACAUUGAUGUGUGUAAGCAUUGUAUACUCAGUACUUUCCCCGAGUCCUGUGAACAAAUAUCAAGGCCAUAUUUACUUGGGUGGGAUUCGAACCCACAACCCUUUAUUAUAUAGAUGUGUUACAAGAAUCUUUACUUUCACAUCGAGUGUUAAAUUCGGCAAAGGCCCAGUUGCAAAGUAGUUACAAAAUAGCAGUAGAGCUAAAUGCAGCGAUAAGCAGAAGCAGAAUCUUUUAGCUGCUUAGCUGCCCAGUGGCCAAAUUUUGUAACGACUGUAAGCACAACAAAAUUGCUAAGCGCAGAAAAAUAAUUCUUAACAGAAACUUUACCAGCCAAAAUGCCACAAAGUUUGCAUUGUUGCAACUGGUACUCCACUCAUGUUUCGCGUGGCUAAAAAAACAAGCUGAGCAGUAUUUUUUGCUAAAUAGCUUUAAGUCUGAAAUUGCGCCCAGUUCAAAAAUCUCUUAAUGGCUAUUAAUCUUGCCUUGUCUGAUGGUUACAGCUUUGCAGAAUGGAAUAUUGUCAGACACCCUCACAACACUGUAUAUUAUGGAGUUGUAUCAUCAAUACAUGUUGCACAAUAAGGCGGAUUUGUUUUAAAAUUUGGCAAGUUGUCAUUGUAUCUUGUAUCAAAGCAAAUGUGUGUAGCAUUAAAAUUAUGAAAUCAUUAAAAAUGCCUAAAUGUAAGCUAAA